UGAAAACGCUGCACCGCCCGUCAAAACUCUUGAAUGAUAACAUCGUCUUUGUGCUACUCAAUUAGCUAAAAUCUAGACAGGAGCGUUUAUUUCAAUGAUAAUUCGAAUAACUUCUUACUCCGUUGUCGUUUCUUCGACGGCUUUCCCAAACUGCUUAAUGUUUUAGAGCUAAUGUGCAAACAAUACUUGGUUCAUCCUGGGAUUCACUUUUUUUUGAAGUGACACUAGCCAUUCAAGAGAUGCCUCCCAAUAAACGACUGCAGGAAAAAACGCUGAAAUUAGAAUGUGAGUGGGCUUCGUGUCAGGAGUCGUUCAGUCAAAUGGAGAAAUUCUGCAAGCAUGUGGAGGUACACUUGGAUGCUACGAACAUGGCGGAAGGGGAUGAAGAAGAACUAGAAUGGGAAAGAAACUGCCUUUGGAGAGACUGCGGGUUUUUUUCUGUGGAGGGGCCUGAAGAGUUCCGGCGACAUCUCUUCUUUCACUGUUACCAUACCAAGUUGAAACAGUUGGGUCAGCAGGUGCUCAAUAGCCAGGCAGAAAUUGGCACGUGCUCCAUCGGCUCCCACACCCGCAAUAUUGUCCCUGAAAUCCCUGAAAAUUUUACCUGCAUGUGGGAGGAAUGUGAGCAACCACCUUAUGAGAAUCCAGAGUGGUUCUACAGACAUGUGGAGCUUCACAGCUUAUCUAUAGACAUACCAGCAGGAGACUGUGAAUUCCCUUUACGCUGCCGAUGGAAGGAUUGUGACGCUACUGCUAAAGGCCGUUCUAAGUUACGGGAGCAUCUACGCAGCCACACCCAGGAGAAGGUCGUAGCGUGUCCAGGCUGUGGAGGGAUGUACGCCAAUAACACAAAGUACUUUGACCACAUCAUUCGACAAGGUGCUAUGGAAGGCCAAAGAUUCCAGUGCUCCCAUUGUUCAAAACGAUUUGCAACAGAGAGACUGCUCAGAGACCACAUGAGGACCCACGUGAGCCACUACAAGUGCCCGUUGUGUGACAUGACUUGUCCUUCACCUUCAGCGCUGCGCAAUCAUAUAAAGUUCCGCCACAGCAAUGAGAAGCCAUAUCGCUGUGAAUACUGUGAAUACAGCUGUAAGAAUCUGGUGGAUUUGCGUAAACAUCUGGACAGCCAUAGCAUCGAGCCGAGUUACCACUGCAAUGUGUCUGGCUGCAGCUUCGCAUCUCGUACUCUUAGCACGUUGAAGAAUCACCACAAAAAGGAGCAUGAGGGAAAUUUUCUAGCUCGCUACAAGUGCCAUGUGUGCGAUCAGUGCUUCACCAGAGGAAAUAACCUCACGGUUCACCUGCACAAAAAACACCAGUUCAAAUGGCCUUCAGGACACCCACGGUUCCGGUACAAGGAGCACGAAGACGGCUUCUUUCGGCUGCAGCUGAUCCGUUACGAGAGCGUGGAACUGACGGAGCAGCUGAUGCGAGAGAGGCAACAUGGAAUCGCAGAGGCGAGCCAAGAGUCCCCCGGGGCCGCUCCUUCAGAGACUCAGGUAGAGCUGAGGGGGCUGUUGCUAGAGGAGCAGAAGACCGAGGCGCCCACCGUUAACUGUGAGGAGGGCGGUCAGGAAGAGAGCAUCUUGUUCUCGAUUCUCACUGGAGGUUUGGCACAGACGGCGGACGACAUCGUCAUACUACAGUAUCAGGAUAUACCUCAAGAACAAGACAUGCAGACAGUUUGACCCCUCACACCAUCCUAGUAUGUGAAUACACUGUUGGCUUGAGAUACAAGUCACCUGACUGAUGUUUUGCUCUGAUUUGCAAGUACAAAUUCAAAGUUUUCUAUCUUACACCUAAGAUAAAAUCUAGAGAAUUAUGCACCAAACAACUUCUCUAAUGUAAAACACCUAAUGGAAAACUUAGCUGGGUUAAAGAUUAGCAAUGAUGGAGAUGGUUUUGGAAGCUUAAGCAAUGGCAAUUGAAACACAAAUGAUGUCUUAAGGCACUACUGUACACAUUUUGUUUCUAGCUUAACUGAAUGUAACUGGUAAGAUGUGAUCGUAAAGUUGAAUAAUUUUCCCAUCAAAAUAACAAGCCUAUAUUAGGCAGUUGCCCGCUCCGAUCUUUCUUGCCAAUGUUAUGGACAACUAAAUUGCCUGUAUUUUGAUCGAAUUAUAACUUGAAUUAAUUCAUCCAAUGCGUCCUACCUCCCAUAUAGCAUCGUCACAUUGUUGUUUGUUAAUUUUUCGGAACAUGAAGGUUCCUUAAUGAUGAAGAAAAUGGCAUCCACACAAUGAUGCAAUAUGUUAUGCCUACCACAUUGUCAUGUGUAUGUACUAUACACAAAACUUAAAUUAAAUUGCUGUUUUAAAAAAA